CGUGGAGCGGGCGGGCGCGCAGGCGCCGAGCCCAGCCCAGCGCAGGCAGAGGCCGCCGGCCCCGCCGCUGCCCGGGAGCGGGGCUCCGAGGGCCCGGGGCCGCCGCUCCGGCCGGAGGAUGAGCUGGUUCAACGCCUCGCAGCUGUCUAGCUUCGCCAAGCAGGCGCUGUCGCAGGCGCAGAAGUCCAUCGACCGGGUGCUGGACAUCCAGGCCGAGGAGAGCCCCUGGCCUGACGCCGUCAUCCCCGACUACAGCGAGGGAACAAAUUCUCUAAGUGGAGGAUGGGAUACAUCUUCAUGGGGUCUAAGUUCAAACACAGAACCACAGAAUCAGCCAGUAUCACCAACAGCAAUCACCAAACCAGUGAGGAGAACGGUCGUAGAUGAAUCUGAAAACUUCUUCAGUGCCUUUCUCUCUCCAACAGAUGUUCAGAAUAUACAGAAAAAUCCAGUGGUGUCCAAACCUCCAGCCAAAUCACAGCGACCCAAAGAGGAGGUGAAAAGCACUUUACAGGAGUCUCAGCACCCCAGUCAGCUGGAAGUACCUGUGACGACAGAGGCAGAAGUGAAGGAUUCCUCCGUAGCUGGCCUAGUGGACUUGAAAAAUCUUGAUAUUCCCAAGGAGAAACUAGAAGAGAAUUCUGUGCUCAGUGCCAAGCAUGAAGAAAGCACGAGUGAGGUUCCUGAGAAAAAUGUGUCUGCUCUAAACCUGAAAGAACCUGAAGAUGCUCUCAAUGAAAAAUCCAGCACAGGGGGGGAUGGAACGGGAGGCGUACUGGAUAGCACUUCACAGUCUCUUAAUGCAGGUACAAAAGACGUGGGUUUGGAAACUAAGGAGCAAAAAACCGAGGACAGGCAAAGCAAUACGCCGUCACCUCCAAUUAGCACUUUCUCUUCAGGGACAUCCACCACUAGUGAUAUUGAGGUUUUGGACCACGAAAGUGUAAUAAGUGAGAGCUCAGUAAGUUCGAGACAAGAAGCUGCGGACUCGAAAUCCAGUCUCCACCUAAUGCAAACAUCAUUUCAGCUUUUAUCUACGUCUGCCUGCACAGAUUAUAAUCGUUUAGAUGACUUUCAAAAAAUGACCGAGAGCUGCUGCUCCUCGGAUGCUUUUGAAAGAAUAGAUUCGUUUAGCGUACAAUCGUUAGAUAGUAGGAGUGUCAGUGAGAUCAAUUCAGACGACGAAUUAUCAGGCAGGGCUUGUACUUCAGCAUCUGUCACUGUCAGUCCUUCUGCGCCAAAGACAGAAACGGUUGAUGCCCUGAAAAGUAAAUCUGAAGAUCUAACUGACAGUCCCGUGGUACAUGCCGAGGAAGCUGAGAUGGAAGAGAGUGGCAGAAGUGCGACCCCUGUUAAUUCCGAGCAGCCAGAUGUUUUGGUUGCUACUGUACAAACUGAUGAAGAACAGGUUGUGAAAGAGGAGACGGAGCCGCAGCAGGAUGUUGGUGAAAAAUCGCUGGAAGAGGACUCUGAAAAGCAAGAGCUUAAAAAGAUGAUCGAUUCAUUAACAGAGAAGCUGGAGAAGAGAGAAACGCAGUUACUAAGUACUAGUAAAGAAAAGGCACGCCUGGAAGAGGCUUAUGAUAACCUAAAAGAUGAAGUGUUCAGAAUGAAAGAAGAGACCAGUAGCAUUUCAUCUCUUAAAGAGGAGUUUGCUCAGCGAAUAGCGGAUGCUGAAAAGAAGCUCCAGCUUGCAUGCAAGGAAAGAGAUGCAGCUAAAAAGGAAGUAAAGACUGUUAAAGAAGAAUUGGCUACUAGACUUAAUACUAAUGAAACUGCUGAAUUACUGAAAGAAAAAGAAGAACAGAUCAAAGGAUUGAUGGAGGAAGGAGAAAAACUUUCCAAACAGCAGCUACACAAUUCCAACAUGAUUAAGAAAUUAAGAGCAAAGGAGAAAGAAAGAGAAAGUAUUAAUACAAAGCAGAACAAAAAGAUUAAGGAACUGGAAGAAGAGUUGCAGCAUCUAAAAGAGGUACUUGAUGGCAAGGAAGACCUUGAGAAGCAGCAUCGAGAUAAUAUUAAACAACUGAACAAUGUUGUUGAGAGACAAGAAAAGGAUCUUGCUAAGCUUCAGGCAGAAGUGGAAGACCUUGAAGAACGGAACAGAAGUGUGCAGGCAGCACUCGACAGUGCGUACAAGGAACUUGCGGAUCUUCAUAAAGCUAAUGCUACAAAGGACAGUGAGGCACAAGAAGCAGCCCUAAGUCGGGAAAUGAAGGCAAAGGAAGAGCUUGGGUUAGCUCUGGAGAAGGCCCAGGAUGAGGCACGACAGCAACAAGAAGCUUUGGCAAUUCAGGUAUCAGACCUGAGGCUAGCAUUGCAACGUGCAGAACAGCAGGCAGCAGGAAAAGAAGAUUAUUUACGCCAGGAAAUCAGUGAACUACAACAGAGACUCCAGGAAGCAGAAAGCCGGAACCAAGAACUAAGUCAAAGCGUUACAUCUGCUACUCGACCACUACUCCGGCAGAUAGAAAAUUUGCAAGCCACACUGGGAGCACAAACCUCUUCAUGGGAAAAACUGGAAAAGAACCUUUCUGACAGACUUGGUGAGUCUCAAACUCUUCUAGCAGCAGCUGCUGAGAGAGAACGGGCUGCUACAGAGGAGCUUCUGUCUAAUAAAAUUCAGAUGUCUUCUACCGAGUCUCAGAAUAGUCUUUUAAGGCAAGAAAAUACUCGCCUUCAGGCUCAGCUGGAAGUGGAGAGAAACAAAUUGAAGAAAAUGGAAGAAGAAAACAGUAGGUACGAAGUUGAACUAGAAGGACUCAAAGAUGAAUAUGCAAAAACCUUGGAAGAUGCAAAGAAAGAAAAGACACUGCUAGCUACUCAGUUAGAAAUGGAGAAAAUGAAGGUUGAACAGGAAAGAAAGAAGGCCAUUCUUGUACAAGAAGCAGCAAAGGAGAAGGAUCGGAAGUCAUUUACAGCUGAAACAGUUUCAAGCACUCCAAGUAUUUCACGUUCUAGUUCCAUAAGUGGAGUUGACAUGGCAGGUCUUCAGACAUCUUUCCUCUCACAGGAUGAUUCUCACGAUCACUCAUUUGGGCCAGUAGCUACUAGUGGAAGUAAUCUUUAUGAUGCUAUAAGGAUGGGAGCAGGUUCAAGUAUAAUUGAAAACCUUCAAUCACAGCUAAAACUAAGAGAAGGAGAGAUUUCACAUCUACAGCUGGAAAUUGGGAACCUUGAAAAAACUCGAUCAAUAAUGGCAGAAGAAUUGGUUAAAUUAACAAAUCAAAAUGACGAACUUGAAGAAAAAGUGAGGGAAAUACCAAAAUUGCGUGCACAGUUAAAGGACUUGGAUCAAAGAUACAAUACAAUUCUUCAGAUGUACGGAGAGAAAGCGGAGGAAGCUGAAGAACUACGAUUAGAUCUGGAGGAUGUGAAAAACAUGUACAAGACUCAAAUUGACGAACUUUUAAAGCAAAGACAAAAUUAACUCCUGCUGGAACUCUUAAUGCUGUAACAGAUUGUAUAGAUAAUUGUUUAUGUAAAUGCUGAAUUUAAAUGUCUUGUAAAAAAAAUAACUGUAUGAUAGAAAAUGUCUAUAUAAUAAGUUCAUAUGUUAAAAAAAGCAAUGCUUUAAGUGUCUUGUACUGUCUGCAGUUAAAUUAUUUGUGCAAUAUUUAAAUUUUUUUAAAGUCAUCUCCGUGUUUAAGAUUUUACUAAACAAUGGACCAUUUUACUUGUAAACAGUAGCAAGAAAGAUGAUUGUGACCUCCUGAGACAGCGCUGGAAGGUAUGAGUUUUACUAAAGCAGCCCUUCAUUUGUAAACUUUGCAUACCUGUGAAAAAUGAUAUUAGAAGUCUUUCUAAACAUGUUCGUAAUACGAGUUUUUCUAAAAUCUCACUGGCUAACUUUUAAUAACAAAAGAGUAGUGGCUUGCUGUCUGAAACAUAAUUGGAUAUUUUUAUGAAAGGAAGAUCUUAUAUUUGUACUUGCAGUGUCUGAACGUGAUAGGACAAUAGUUCUAUGGUGUAAAAUAGUCAUCCAAAUUCAAUUUUUUCAAAGUCCUCUAAAGCAGAGUGUGAUACUUAAGAUGAAAUUGUAAUUUAUAAAGUUUCAUCUGUCUAUUGCUUGUGUUGUAUCUCAUGAGCUGUCUAGACAGCUGCUCUGCUUGUAAUUCUAAAUGUGGUUAAAUAACAUCAAAAAUAGAAAGUAUUCAAUAUUUGUUCCAGGGUUGGAUGCUGACUUUUAACAGUAGCUAAAACAGUUCAGAAGAAUGCUAAAAAAAUAUUUUAAUGAAAUAAUUGCUGCUCUCAUGUAAUCGUUCCCUGUAUAUAAAUAACAAGGUUUAGAGUUUUGCAAAAUUGUGCUGUGGCUUAAUAUAGUUUUCCAGCAAGUCUCCA